AUGUCGAAGGGGGCCCUUGAGUGGUGGAGGAGUAUGGGAGAAGAGGAAGAAGAGGCCUUGAACACAGUGGAGGUGGAAGCUCUGCAGAACACCAGCCAGCGCAACACCACCAAUUCCGCUGCCAACAGAACCAGCAUGACAUUCUUCCCUUACUAUCAGCACUCACUCCCCGUGGCAGCAAGCUUCAUCUUGGCCUACCUCUUCAUCUUCUUGCUGUGCAUGCUGGGAAACAUGUUAGUGUGCUUGAUCGUUCUGAGGGACCGUCGGAUGCGCACUGUCACCAACCUCUUCAUCCUGAACCUUGCAGUCAGUGACCUGCUCGUGGGCAUCUUCUGCAUCCCCACCACACUGGUGGACAACCUCAUUACAGGAUGGCCUUUCUCCAACACAGUGUGUAAGAUGAGUGGUCUGGUGCAGGGAAUGUCUGUGUCAGCCUCUGUCUUCACUCUGGUGGCCAUUGCUGUGGACAGGUUCCGCUGCAUAGUCUACCCAUUCCAGUCCAAAAUAACCUUGCUGGUAGCUAAGGCAACAAUUGUAAUGAUCUGGGUCCUGGCACUGGUGAUUAUGUGUCCUGCUGCUGUGAUGUUGACAGUGCAACGUGUGGAAAAUCACUACAUGGUUCAAAACGAAGACUACAACAAAACAUACCCUUUAUACACUUGCUACGAGAAUUGGCCAGAGCCAGAGAUGAGGAAAGUCUACACCACAGUGCUCUUUGGUCACAUUUACUUGGCACCUCUUACACUUAUCAUGCUAAUGUACAGCCGUAUUGGUGUCAAGCUCUACACCACCUCCCUCUUGUCUUCUGCUGAACACCCAAGGCCAGUUAUAUCCCAGAAGAAAGUCAGAGUAAUAAAGAUGCUUAUUGUGGUGGCUUUACUCUUCAUGUUGUCCUGGCUACCACUGUGGACACUCAUGCUGCUUACAGACUACGGAGGGCUGGAUGCAGAGCAGCUGGAGCACCUAACAGGGUAUGUUUACCCGUUUGCUCACUGGCUAGCCUUCUCCAACUCCAGCAUCAAUCCCAUCAUCUAUGGCUACUACAACGAGAACUUCAAAAGAGGCUUCCAGGCCUUUUGCCAGCCAUACCCCUGCUCCUACUGCUGCCAGGAAAGUAGGGAGGAAGUGCAUCGAGGUAUCAGAGUAGGCAUUGGAGACAGGGGGGUCUUCCAGGACACCACUGCCACCGGCAACACUCUUGCUUUUUCAGCUCGAAAUAGAGUGCACACAGACGGAGAUUUCACAGAGAUGGUACGCCUGGAGUUGGAGUGCAGAAAGAGCCUGGCGGGAGGUGGACAUCAGAAUGUGGAAUGGGGAGGGUCUGGUGCAGGGACUGAAAUGAUUGGUAUCUCAUACAAUAGAGGGCUCCACUUUGAGGACAUAGAGAGAAUUACUCCAGUAGGAGCUGGGGUGUGUCAGGCUUGGGACCUGUAG